AUGGACAUGGAGAUGACAUCUUCCUCGGCGCCGGCAGCGUCCUACUUCAACUUCUCCGUGGCGCAGGCCGUGGUGACCAUCUCCAUCAACUUCGUCCUCGUCUGGCUCUCCGCCCUCGUCAAGUCCUCCACCUCCUCCUCCUCCUCCGCCAGCCGCCGCUCGGCCGCCCCCGCGCCGGAGCCGGAGCCAGCGCAGCCUGCGCCGGCGAGUGGCGCCUCGGAGGUCGACCUGGACGUGGUUCUCGGGGUGAUGGGCGCGGGCGGCGCCGCCUCGGUCGGGUUCGAGGACGCGGCGGCGCUGUUCGAGGAGGAGGAGGCCACCGUGGAGGAGGCCGCGGCGGCGUUCCGCGUCUUCGACCGCAACGGCGACGGGUUCGUCGACGCCGGAGAGCUCCGGAGCGUGCUGAGGUCGCUCGGGUUCACCGCCGGCGUCGCGGCUGCCGAAUGCCAGCGCAUGAUCGACGCCUAUGACGAGAACAAGGACGGCCGGAUGGACUUCCAGGAGUUCCUCACCUUCAUGGAGAGGAGCAGCUCGUGA